AUGGCGGCGGUCGCAUCCUGGGGCUGCCGGAAAUACCUCUUAAAUGCGUGGCUUGUAUCCAGACAAUCCGCCGGCCCGGUGCAGCACCCCUCCUGCGUGUGCCGAACGAGCAGAUUGGCGUUAGAAUUUUAUCAGUCUAGAUGUUCUUCCUCCGGCCAUCGGAAAGGUUUCAUCUCGGGCUUCGUGGAGAACAUCAAGCAGGAGCUGGCCAAGAACAAGGAGAUGAAGGAUAGCAUCAAGAAAUUCCGAGACGAAGCUAAGAAGUUGGAAGAAUCGGAGGCCCUUCAGGAAGCGAGGCGGAAAUACAAAACCAUCGAGUCUGAAACCGUCAGGACUUCGGAAGUGCUGAAAAAGAAGCUGGGAGAAAUCAGUGGCACCGUCAAAGAGAGCAUAGAUGAAGUCAGCAAGAGCGAGAUCGGCCGGAAGAUCAAGGAAGGCAUGGAGGAAGCGGCCAAAACAGCAAAGCAUUCUGCAGAAACAGUCUCCAAGGGAGGAGAAAAGCUGGGCCGGACGGCAGCAUUCAAGGCCAUUUCUCAGGGCAUGGAGACCGUCCGGAAGGAGAUUGACGACAGCGUGCUGGGCCAGAUGGGGCCUUACCGGCGUCCCGAGAGACUCCGGAAAAGGACAGAAUCUGCCGGCGAAAGGAUGAAGGACGAGCGGAUAUUCGAAGCCAACGAGCAAGCGAUGGGCAUGGUCCUGCACAAAGACUCCAAGUGGUACCAGCAGUGGAAGGAGUUCAAGGACAAGAACGUGGUCUUCAACCGCUUCUUCGAAAUGAAGAUGAAGUACGACGAGAGUGACAACGCCCUCAUCCGUGCCUCCCGCGUCAUGACGGACAAAGUGACCGACUUCAUAGGGGGUCUCUUCUCCAAGACGGAGAUGUCCGAAGUCCUCACGGAGAUCCUGCGGGUCGAUCCCACCUUCGACAAGGACCAGUUCCUCAAGCAGUGCCAGGCCGACAUCAUCCCCAACAUUCUCGAGGCUAUGAUCUCCGGAGAGCUGGACAUACUCAAGGACUGGUGCUACGAAGCGACCUACAGCCAGCUGGCCCAGCCCAUCCAGCAGGCCAGGGCCAUGGGGCUCCAGUUCCACUCCAAAAUCCUGGACGUGGACAACGUGGACCUGGCGAUGGGGAAGAUGAUGGAGCAGGGGCCGGUGUUGAUCAUCACCUUCCAGGCUCAGUUGGUGAUGGUGCUGAAGAACCCGAAGGGAGAGGUCGUGGAAGGAGAUCCGGAGAAGGUCUUGCGGAUGCUGUACGUCUGGGCCCUCUGCCGGGACCCCGAAGAGCUGAACCCCUUCGCUGCCUGGCGGCUGUUGGAUAUCUCUACCUCAAGCACCGAGCAGAUCCUAUGA